AUGAUUGUCUUUUCUGAGAUCGGCGACAAGACCUUCCUCAUCGCUGCCAUCAUGGCCAUGAAGAACCCGCGCACCGUCGUCUUCUCCGGUGCCUUCGCCGCCCUCGUCGUCAUGACCAUCCUCUCCGCCCUCCUCGGCCACGCCGUGCCCCAGCUCAUCCCCAAGAAAUACACCUCCUACCUCGCCGCCAUCCUCUUCAUCGUCUUUGGCAUCCGUCUCCUCAUCGAGGGCUACAACAUGGACAAGAACGCGGGUGUCGAGGAGGAGAUGCACGAGGUCGAGGAAGAGCUCGUCCAAAAGGAUCUCGAGUCCUCGGCCGCUGCUCUCGAGGCCGGUGAGAAACACCAUCGCCAGAAGUCUGGCAAGUUCUCCGGCGUCGCCAACCUCGCCGCUCUUUUCUUUUCUCCUGUCUGGAUCCAGACCUUUGUCAUGACCUUCCUCGGUGAGUGGGGCGACCGAUCGCAAAUCGCAACCAUCGCCAUGGCCGCCGGCCAGGACUACUGGUUCGUCAUCCUCGGCGCCAUCGUCGGCCACGGCCUCUGCACCCUUGCUGCCGUCAUCGGCGGCAAACUGCUUGCUUCCAAAAUCUCCCUCCGCACCAUCACCCUCGCCGGCGGCGGCGCGUUCCUCGUCUUUGCCGUCAUCUAUUUCAGAGAGGCGCUUUCCCUGUAG